AUGGUCGACAGUCUCAAUGAUGAAGAACGAAUUUCUAAUCGUCGAUCGAAACGAUCAUGUCGUCUAUCAAUAGUACAAUCACAACCAAGUGUAGAACCAAAAGAAAAUGAGUCGCUACUCGUCAAUGAAAAUGAUAUUGAUGAAGAAGAUCCACCUGAAUUAUUUCAAGUAGGUGAUAUUUUCUGGGUUCAUGUUUCAGGUAAUCCAUGGUGGCCUGCACUCAUAUACGAUUAUAUUCAUACAAAAAUAGUUAAAACUCCUCGUCGACCAAAAAAACGUCUUUAUUUUGUUUAUUUUUUUGGUCCUGCUUUUGAAUAUGCAUGGAUACAUGCUAAUACAUUAAUACCCUAUUCUGGUCUAGAGGAAUUUAUUCGACAUGCUCAAACAUCUGUACAAAAAGCAACAAAAAAAUUUGAACAAGAAGCAUUAGCAAAUCGGUAUGAACUUAAAGUAACUGCAAAUAAACGACCUGAUUGGGAUAAAGCUAUUGAAGAAGCUGAUCAAGCGCUUAAAUUAACUCGCGAACAACGUAUAGAAAAUUUUGCUGAAUUAUUAAAGAAUAUUUUAAGUAAAGCUGAAAAAAAUAAUGCAAGUAAAAAACGACAAGCUUCCAUCACAACACGGCAAUCGAGAAAAACUGCAUCACCAUCAACAGAUAAAUCUUCAAAUCGUUCAUCAGUAAAAAGACAAAAAACAAAAUCAACGGCUACGUCAACAUCAACAACACUAUUACAUGUUGGUUUACCAACAUUAACAAAAAAAGAAGAAAAACGUAUUGUAGAUAAUCUCCUUGAACAUUCAAAACAAGAACAAUUAACAUUGGAUGAAGCUCAAUCAUUUGUUUGUCAAUUAGCUACUGAAAUAAUAAAAGAAAAUUUUCAUUAUGAUAUGUCAUGUGUACAAAUUGAAUGGUUCUAUGAUUUUCUUUUAAAUCAUUCAGAAAUUAUUUUGAAAUAUUCUCAUUGGCUUAAUAAAGAUAUAGAAGCAAUAAAAGAUGAUCCAAUUUAUUUAAAACAAUAUACAAAUCAAUUAAAACGUAAACAAUAUGAUGAUAAUAUUUUAGAAUCAUCAAUAUUUGAUAUUUUCGAAAAUGAAUUUCAAAUUGGAGAUAUUGUUUGGGCGAAAUUAAAUGGACUUUCAUGGUAG